AUGGGGCCUUCUGCAUCAAAAGACAGACCUCUCCGAGGACCAGCUGCCCUUGAGUUGCCAAUGGGUGGACGUAGAGCUCAAUCCGCUCCCCAACCAGGUGCUGAUAGGCCCGAUCAAAGGGGUCACUCUCUUUUUCUCCUCAAUCUACCUGAUGAGUUGCAAGAGCAGAUCAUUUUCCACUCGCUUGAACCUUGCCUGGCCAGAGCUCUCGCCAACUCUUCGAUCUCAAGAGCAAGACAAAUAUCCGACGUACAGUUAUACAAGGUGUUCAUUCUUCACGCAUUUUUUGAUAACGAGCCACCGCUUCCCGUCAGACAGUCGCAUUUUGCACCAGCCACCUACCGUUUCCUGGCCCGGGACCAGCGGCGGAGGCUUCAGAGAGAUAUCGUAGAAUGCAAAUGGUUUACCUGGGAUCUCUUCCAGAAACACAUACCUACCCUGGCGCAUCUUGCUCUCGAAAGGCAAUGCCGAUUGCACCAUCAAGCGGAACAGAGACGGGGCAACGACAUAUCUUCCCUGCCGGAUAUCGAUAAUUUGGCGGAUCUGAUAGAACUCUAUAUUGAUCAUCCUCAGCCAAAACAAAGACGUGAGACCGGGCUCACCGACGAACGCGGAUCAUAUCAUCCAUAUUUAAACAUCAUCCGACGUGACCUGGAGCCCGAGAUGCAUAUUUUAAGGCCUGUGAUAUUUCUUGCAAUUCCAAGUCGGGCUCUGAAUCCGAUAUCGUGGACCGAGGAGGCACGCCACUACCUCUGGGUUGUCGCGGCUCGUGUGGAACUAGGAUCAGAGUAUGAUGCCGCUGCGUUUAAGCGGGGUCUAAAGAAAGCUACCAGUGAGCAGAAGAGCCACAUAGUUGCGACAUUACUUAACAUCCAAGCUAUCGCAAGUGGCCAGGAACAGGAUCAGCAGGUCGUACAAGGCAGAACUCUGUGGCAAAGGUUCCUCUACAGGCAGGUAGCAGGCCUUGGUGGGGCGCCAUGGGGCUGA